GUGUGUGGUGUGGUGUGGGCCACGCAACGCAGGCUUCUUAUAUAGGUCGUCGCUACUCAUCCUUAUCAACAGAUCAACCAACCCCCGCUGUCCUUUGAUCUUGCUCCACAAUCGCUCCCACGAAAACACAUCACAGAUCAGACAAGACACGAACAGACCACGCAACAAAAAAUGGCCGCCUCGAUGAUCUCCUCCGCAGUAACCUCUGCUACCAAAGCCGCCCACUCUGCCGUCGUCUCCCUCGCCAGCGCCACCCAGAUCACCCCCGGUUCUCCCGUCCCGAACGUCAGCGUAAAAGUAAACUCCCCCACAGAGACCCUCAACUUUUCUACCCUCCCCGGAAAGAACGUCAUCGUGGUCGUCCCUGCGGCGUUUUCUCCGUCUUGUUCGGAGAUCCAGGUGCCCGAGUAUAUCGGGAGGUUCAAGGAGUUUGAAGCGAAGGGUGUGAAGGGCGUUUAUGUGGUCAGCGUGAAUGAUAUUUUCGUGAUGAAGGCUUGGAAGAAGGAUUUGGUGGCCAAGGCCGAGGGAGGGGAUAGUCAGGUCGUCUUCGUCGCCGACGACACCGCCUCGUUCGCAUCCGCCACCGGACUCGUGUUCGACGCUUCGUCCUUGUUGGGAGGUCCGAGGGCCAAGAGGGCUGCUAUCGUUAUCGAGGACGGCAAGGUCCUCCACAUCGCCGUCGAGGACGAGCCUCCUCAGGUUACCGUCUCUUCGGCCGAUUCGGUCUUGAAGGCGCUUUGAACCGCCGGAACGACGACGACGGCGAGUUUAGGGGAUGGGGUCGCGAAGAGCAGGUUGUAAAGAGUCAAGCGAAGUGAAGUGAAGUGAAGGGAAAUGAAAGGGACGAGGCGCGGAUAUAUAUGAGGAACGAUUUAUGCCAUGUCAUGUCAUGUUGUGUCGAGCUAUGGCCUGUCGGCGUUUUCGAGGCCGAGGUCGAGAGGUUGAAAGUAAAUGCCUAGAGAACAUACUGAGACGGGGCGUUCCGGCUUGGUUUGCCAAUCACAAACGCAAAUUCGCACGUACGUAAUCUCUGGGCGGGAGGUCAGAGGCACUCACCAGGGUGUUGUCUACUGUAUGCAAGGUUUUCGGAAAUAU